AUGCCCCCCUUCUCCACCUCCCCAGAGAAGGCGGUGCUCCCGGGGACCCUUCUGGCAGGUCUGCUUCGCGGCCUGGUGCCGCUGCUGACCCGCGAGGCCUUCGUGCAGUGCUUCGCCGAGGCCGACCGGGAGAUCGCGGGCCUGGCCAACCGCUGGGGCUGCCCCGUCCUCUCCCUCGACAGCGACUUCUGCGUCUUCGACCUGGUGGCCGGCUACUGCCCCCUCAGCCACUUCCAGUGGCAGAGCGUGUGCGCGGGAGAGGAGCCGCAGGGCUGCUACGUGCCUGCCCGCUGCUUCUCGGCGGAGAGAUUCUGCGGGCAGUUCCGCCCGCUGAGGAAGAGCCUGCUCCCCCUCUUCGCCGCCAUGAACGGGAACGACUACACGGGCCUGGCGGCGCUGGAGGCGUUCUUCAGCGGGGCGCGCUUGGCGGGGAGGGGCGGGAAGCACGCCCGCCUUCAGGGGCUGCUGAGCUGGCUGGCGCGGUUCGAGCAGCCCAAGGAGGCCGUCGCCAGCGUGCUGACAUACCUGAAGAAACACCAGAGGGAAGAAGUCAGGGAGCUUCUGUGUGCUUCGAUGGAGGAUUACACUCCCUCGGAGGUGAAGCUGGAGGACUUUUUUCACAAGGGGAGGUACGAAUGUGAGGCUGCCAGGAAAGCUGACUUACCGCAGUGGGUGCUCGAUGCUUUGGCGAAAGGGAAGCUGGCCCCGUUCAUCAGCGAUGCCCUGAUUCUGCGAAGCACCUUCCUCCACGUUCAGGUGGAGAACAUGCAGAGACCUAGCGCCCACAGCACAGCUUUGCCCAUUCGCCGAGUUAUCUAUGGGCUGCUUCUGAAAGUACCUCAAAACACCGAAGCUGCUUCUCCAAGUAAGCAGACCAGCGAGCUGCCAGUUGUAUGUGAAUUUGGCAGACUCCAGAAGGCGCUUAAAAAAACAUUUGUUCAAGCAGCAAGCCCACCCGCAGAUUUUUGUGAUGGUCAUGUUUCUUUGGACAAGUUAAUGGAGAUGCCCAUGACCUGCCGUCAGAUGCUUUUGCUGGAGACUCUAGGAGUGAAAAUGAGUAUCUUAGAAUCUAUCCCCAGUCACUUACAAUUGCCUGUUGCUGUGACAUGUUACUGGAUACGUUGUUCAGAACCAAAAGUUACAUUGCAUCAAUUAAAGGCUUUACUUUUAAUGGUAGUAUCUGGAGAACUGCACAGAACAACAAAGGAUCCAGAUACCACAGUUUUAUGUGCUGAAGAUGACAGUAUUGCAUAUAAUGAAUUUCUAAAAUGGAAGGAAAAGAAAUUACAAAAUAAAGACUUUGAUUUAGAUGCUGCACAUAGCUUUUGCCAGUGGCAGUGCUGUCUUCAGAUGGGAUUGUAUCUCAACCAGCUACUCUGCACUCCUCUCUCUGAGCCAGACUUAAGUAGGCUUUACAAUGGAACCCUUGUGCACAGACUCUAUCAAGAGCUUAAAUCAACACCUUCAGUGGAAAAUCUGUUUAGUUUAUCUCCAAAAAUUACUCAGCUUUAUCAGGCUUUGUUAAAUACAGUGGAGUCAACUGUAUCUCCAGACUUCUUUCAGAAGAUGACCAAGACCAAAUCCGAGUCCUGCAAAAAGAAGAAAGUAUCUAAUAAGAAAAAAAGAGCCAUCAGGCGUGCUGUACCAGAAACUCGGCAUUUAUGCAAUGUUAAUAGAUUUGCAUCACUUGGAGUGGAUGACUAAAAGCAUUAUUCCUGGAAUAAUUUUUAAUGCUAUGCAGAUGGAAGAAACUAUUAAAAUAUGGGACUGUAGUCAGAUUUGCUCAGCUAUUUUCACACGAGUUUCUGAUUCAAUCUUUACCAAUUAUUCUUGCUUUGGGGCAUUUUUUUAUUUUUUUGUAACACUUAUAAAAGUGCUGUAUAAAAGCUGUAGUGAUUUGUUUUUCUUUAAAAGAUAUCAGUCUAAUUGAAAAUGAGAACAAGUUUGUUCAACAUUUCAGAGCUGGACUACUCUUAAACAUUUAUAGUUGGCUAUCCCUCAUCUCCUCGAAUACUUUUAAUUUCAAAGAAAAUACUAUUUUUAAAUUUGUUUGAGGAAUACAGCGAUUACAGUCUUGCAGAUCAGAUUAAAAUGGAAAUUGACAAGUUUAAAAACAUUGUAGAAUCAGUCUUUACCAGUAUUUGUACUUUCAGGGAGAGCUGAGUAAACUGUGCCUGCAGUAUUAUAGGUACUGAACUAUACUUGGAGAAACUUCAGCUUUUAUCCCCUUCCUCACCACCCCCUUUACUAUGUUUAAGUAAAGAGUUAAAUGCUUACAUGCACACACAAAGCAAUCACAUGGUAGUAAGUUUUCAAAGGUUUGCUAAUUCAGAGUAACUACAAUCUUCUGCCAUUAUCAAACUGUGGUCAGUCAAGUUAAGUUUUCUCUAAUGGCUAUACUAAAGUUACAGACCUGUUUAACCUGCCCCAAUGUAUGCUAAGUUACUUGACAAACCUUUACUGAAAAACUUUUCAUCACUAUCAGUGCUUUGUAUUAGCUAACUUUCCAGCAAAAUGAGUCAGUUUAGAUAAAUGCUUUUCUUGUAAAACUGUUGGUUUUCCAGUAUCUUCCCCAUGUGAAAUGUAAUUACCGAAUGUCUGGUUUUUCAAACUUCAAGAAUAUAUAUACACCUUUUUUUACAUUCAGGAAAAUCAUGAUUCCCACCUUUAAUCAUUACAGUUUUGCCCUUUACUUACCGGGAUUCAAACCAGAUUGGUGCCUCGUGCUCAGUUUGCAGCCCUGGUUACAUCAGCUAUCUGACAGCUAUCCACGUGGAAGUAACACACUAGAUCUUGUGACUUACAGGAAGGAUCUCUGGUGUCAUACAGCUGGGUCUUGACACUGCCAUAAUAUAGUCAGUGAGAAUAGAUUGAUAACACCUAUUACAUUCAUGAGGAAACUGUUUUUGAGAUGCAGUCUGAGAUCGUAAUUGAACAUUUCUUCCAGCACGAAAACUGCUACAUACUAGACUACCAGCAGAUGGCACCUACGCUCAUCCAUACAGCAAAUUACUAGAACUUUACAACCCAUUUCUAAAUAGACUUCUAUUUGCAGCA